UCCUGGUAGCAAGGGUGCCUCUUUAGAUAGCAAACAAUAAAUACAUUGUAUUGCUCUUGAAAGACGGAAGAACUGCCCAGUAACCGAAUUAAGCCGCGGCAGCGUGAAAACACGGAGAGCCGCACGCGAAGUGGCGCCGCUUCAUAAACGUCUCUCAGGUUGUUAUGAAGGCCUGUUGCUAGCUGCUGGGGAUCCGCGGGCUAGUCCAGUAGACACCGGACCGAGGGAGCAGGGUCCCGGGCGGCAGCUCCGAUGGCGGCUUGGAUCGAACGAUGACUGCCUUGUUUUGAACGAACGUAACCGCCACGGUAGUAAAUCAGUAACUCGAGUGUUUGUCACCCAGCUAAGAUUAGCUACCGUGUGUUUACAAGCUAACUCCCCCACACCCUUUAGAAUAAAUUGGCAGGUUUUUUUCAGUUUUGGAUUUUAAACUUUUGGGUGCCACCCCCCCCUAACUACACCUAGCCCGCUCGCUGGUGGUGAUUGUGUCGGACUGAAGGUCGCCAAUCAGGCAGCGGAUCAUAAGGUAUCCCAAGUUUGAGGCUAUCGCAUCCUCCGGCAUAUCUGCUGCUGGCCAAAGUUGUGUGACCUCAUCCAAAUCGAAGGACUUUGACGUGUUGAUAACCACAGCUACUAUUUAACCAGUCGGUAUCCCGGAUGAAGGCUCACGGAAGGUUGUGGAAUCUCUCGUUGUCGGGACUCGCAGGUGUCACCUGUUCCUGUUGGCACCGCUGAUCUCACUCGUCCAACAUCAUCUGUGCCACAACCCGACCGAUCUGCCGUCCGAUCGAACCAGGACCACGAUGAGUCGUUACCUGCCGGUGGCGCGGCAGCACUUCCUGGCCGCCCUCGCCAGCACCAGUGUGGUAGUGAAAAGCAUCAGCGCUGUGGUGGUCCUCCUCUACCUGCUGUCGUGGGCGGUGGACGCUCCGUACGCCCUUGGGGUGACCCCGGGGUACCUCUUUCCGCCCAACUUCUGGGUGUGGACGCUGGCGACUCAUGGGGUGGUGGAGCAGCACGUAUGGGGUGUGGCAGCCAACGUGGGAACGGUUAUGGCCUGCGGGCGCCUGCUGGAGCCUCUGUGGGGCGCCCUGGAGCUCCUGAUCUUCUUCGCGGUGGUAAACGUCUCCUCAGGCCUCCUGGCGGGCCUCUCCUAUCUUCUCACCUAUGUGGCCACCUUCGACUUGGACUACCUGUUUGCAGUCCGUAUCCAUGGAGCGUCUGGUUUCCUGGGAGGUGUCCUGGUGGCCCUUAAGCAGACCAUGGGGGACACUACGGUGCUCAGGGUGCCCCAGGUGAGACUGAAGGCAGCACCAGCUUUGGUCAUCCUCCUACUGGCCUUGCUGCGCCUUGCUGGGCUGCUUGACAGCUCUGCUGACCUGGCCGCGUUCAGCUUCGGCGCCCUGUCCGGCUGGGUUUACCUGCGCUUCUACCAGAGGCACAGCCGAGGCCGCGGGGACAUGUCGGACCAUUUCGCCUUCGCCAGUUUCUUUCCUGAGGUGCUGCAGCCGGCUGUAGGGCUGCUGGCGGGACUGGUGCACGCUGCCCUUGUGAAGGUGAAGGUGUGUCGAAAGAUGGUGAAGCGGUACGACGUAGGGGCCCCCUCCUCCAUCACUAUCAGCCUGCCUGGCACGGACCCACAAGACGCAGAAAGGAGGAGACAAAUAGCCCUCAAGGCUCUGAACGAGCGUCUGAAGCGAGUGGAGGACCAGUCUGCCUGGCCCAGCAUGGACGACGAGGAAGACGAGGACGAGGAUGAGGUCCGGACUGACACGCAGCUGCUCCUCCCAAGCGGACGUGACCCCUCCUCCUCCACGCCAAGAUUGCCAGUGGGGCCUGUCGGCGCCUCGCUCUCCUCCACCUCCUCAUCCUCAAUGUCACAGAGCAGCGGAGGACUGUCUACGGGCGGAGCGCAGCACCCGGAGUCCAGCAUUAUCAGCUUCGAGGAUGCCCCUUCUAGGUCAUAACUAAAGUGAACGCACGUACACGGGAGCGCACACUGUGUUGGGUGUCACUGGCAGGUGUACUAGUCUACUCAGCGUCCCCUGACUAGUAUACAAAUAUGCUUAGUUAAUAGGUAUACGCUCGAUAUCGCACAACACAGACCAAUUCACACGCACAACCGUGCCCCUUCAAACACACUGUCAAUGUCAUCACGAAGGCCAAAAGGGGUGCGAACUGUCCAGCGCUCUCAGACAUAAACGCUUAGUGUAGUCUGGCAACCUGGACACUCGGUUUUCCUCUUCCUUCCUGCAUAACAACCGAAUUGCCCGAACUUGACUCUGACUCGCGGAGCUCGGUCCCUCUGCUUCAUUUGUCGCAUUCUAAAUAAAUAACAAAAUGGGUGUACAA